AUGGGGGCUCAUUCCCUCUCGGAGGCUUUCAAUGCGGACGACGAGGCGUUGCUCCAGUACCUCCUCGCGGUGAAGCGCCACGCUGCAGCCGUGAACAAGUUCAGUGAGGCGGAUUUCCUGGUGCGCAUUUUCUCCAAACGAGCCGCUGACGGUGCGCACAUGCGGGAGGAGUUGGUGCAUAAUGCCUGGGACAUGCUGGAUUUUCCAAACUUGCACAACGACGCGUGGGCCCCUGAGGCACGGACGAAGAAGACCGAGACCUUGAACCUUGCCGCGUUUCCGGACCUCCUGCAGGAGCUACCGCCCGAAUUGCACAAGGCGAUUCAGGACUCGUAUCAUCUGGCUUCGACAUCUGAAGCUUUGUGUCUUGACGGAUUGAAGAAGGCGAUGAAGCCCUACCGCACCGAACGAACCCGGCGACUUCGGGAAGUUGAAGCCGCCCAAAAGGCCGUAGACCUCGCCUGGCAGAGCUACAAAGACAAGUACAAGGCCAGGGAAGUGCGCCUUGCCACCGAGCUCGGGGCCGGGGUUUGCGCAGAAACGCUCUACAGAGACGCGGCUGAGAUUCCCAAAGGGGCCUCCAUGAUGGUCAUCACUAUCAUAAAUCCGAUGCCGCUCCCAUUUGGCGGCUUCGUGCUAGCGCCGCCCGCCGUCGUCCCGGAAGCUGGGCACCAGGUGCGACAAGCCGACGGAUGGCUCGACAGCUGGAUAAACGUUAGUGCCGCUGACGACUCUUCGACGCAAUCCCACAAGGACACUACGGCAUCUGGCGGCCGUGCACCGCGUACGCAGCUGGUUUUCAACAUGCAAGAGGACGAAGUGCAGUAUAGCGGAGAAUCUGAAGACGAGAAGAAUAACGGUUACGAGGGAUCAGAUGAGGCGACUAAUGCUGCUCGAUCGCUCCCCGGCAACAAGAUGACGAGGAAGGGGGCCACUCCGCCGACGCCGGCUCGCAAGGGCGACAUCGAGGAGCUGCACAGCGGAUACGAGCAAUCCGACCAGAAGGAGCAUGAGAAGCCUGAUGAUGCCCAAUCACCACCUGGCGAAGAGAUGACGCUGAAUGCGGGGGUCACUCCGCCAACACCGCAAGUGGAGCAGGAUGGUACCGAUCGCGAGCUGCUCGUAGAUGAUGGCGCCGGAGGUCAAGACGGCCAUGUUACGACCGACCCCGACACCACCAGCGACAAUGCCACGCAGCCAAACGCCCGUGGAGGUCCGCGCUACUUCGCGGGCAGGUGCAUUAUUUGCAUGCCCGGCGUCGGCGAUCAGCAGACCUCGCUGAAGUUUGCGCGCCCGCUCUGCAAACCCCACGUCCGGAAGUUCGCGCGCCUGCUCGAGCGGGUCGCCACCAACCCGAACUGCGCUCCCGGAUGCGGCGGUAACGGUGGUAAGUUGGCAGUUCUGGACUGU